AUGCACACCGACCACGAAGCAUUAAAGCAUCUUAAGGGAAAACAUAAGCUGAAUAAAAGGCAUGCUAAGUGGGAUGAGUACCUUAAAUCCUUUUCCUAUGUGAUCAAAUACAAGAAAGGUAAGGAGAACAUAGUUGUCGAUGUAGUGUCAAGAAGGUAUGCUUUACUUAAUAGUUUAGAUUCUAAACUAUUUGGGUUUGCGUAUCUUAAAGAAUUAUAUGAAAAUGAUGCUGAUUUUGGUGAAGUGUUCAGAGCUUGCGAAAAGGGAGCCUUUGAAAAAUUUUAUAGAUAUGAAGGAUAUCUAUUUCAUGAAGACAAACUAUGCAUUCCUCAAGGAUCCGUUCGAGACAUCCUAGUAAACGAGGCACAUAGUGGAGGUCUUAUGGGUCGUUUUGGAGUGACCAAAACCAUGGCCAUGCUUCUUCUGGAAAAAAAUGAAGCGUGA